AUGAUAUCCACUCCAAGGAGCCAAUCGACUAAUUCAUCGAAGCAAGACACAACAUCCAAUUACCAAGUUGAGCUUGUGAGCAGGACGAAAUCCAGUCAUUGGGUGAGCCAAAUCUCGUCCAACAGGAUAAGAAGGGCAGGAAGGGCAGGCAAAGGCAAGAAGGGCAAGAAGGGGUAG